UAACCUUAAACAGGUAGGCCUAUGGAAUCACAAAAUAAUCUGAUUAGGAAAAACAAAAUUUUCCUCGGUUCUCAGGAGGUUAUUUUAUAAAUACAUGAUAUUGUGGAUUAAAAAGUACACAAUUUCCCUUUGAAAUUAAGUAAAAGUUUAAGUUGCAUACACUGGAACUACUCAAAUAACGUUAACAACAUCCAAGUAGCCUAAUGUUACCUCAACAUAGCCAGCUUAGUUAAGUAACGUUACAGUAACGUCAGAGAAAGCUUAACUGUAACGUUACGUGUGAACUAGCUAGCUAGCUUAGCUAGCUCAGCUAACGGCUCAGCACAGUACCUAUGUUAGUGGAUUACGUUAGCUAGCUAGCUGGCUACUUAGUGAAGACAGUUUAGUGUCUAGCUUAAAACACAGAUAUUUCUCUCAGAAGUUGGCGGAAAUUAAAACGGAGGCACAUGAACCGUGAAUAUUGGACUUACAUUUGUCAGACCAAUACAGGACAUGAGUUUCCAGAGUUUGUUAAAAUAGUUGAAGUUGGGCCGAGAGAUGGACUUCAAAAUGAAAAGGAAAUUGUUCCGACAGGGGUGAAAAUCCAGCUGAUAGACAUGCUCUCAGGAACAGGCCUGCCUGUGAUCGAGGCCACCAGCUUUGUCUCUUCAAAGUGGGUACCGCAGAUGGCUGACCACACUGAUGUACUCAGAGGAAUCCAGAGAGCACCUCAUGUUCGGUACCCUGUUUUGACACCUAACAUGCAAGGUUUCCAGGAUGCUGUUGCAGCUGGUGCUACUGAAGUGGCGGUGUUUGGGUCAGCGUCUGAAACCUUCAGUAAAAAAAAUAUUAACUGCUCUAUUGAUGAAAGCAUGGUGAGGUUUAAGGAAGUCAUUAACACUGCCAAAGAGCGACAGAUCCCGGUCCGUGGAUAUGUUUCUUGUGCCCUUGGAUGCCCCCACGAGGGAUACAUUGAACCUUCCAAAGUCUCUGAGGUGGCAAAGAGUUUAUACGAGUUGGGCUGCUAUGAGAUUUCCUUGGGGGAUACUAUCGGUGUUGGUACUCCAGGUUCCAUGUUUAAGAUGCUGCAGAGUGUGAUGAAGGAGGUGCCCACCAACGCUCUAGCAGUUCACUGCCAUGACACUUAUGGGCAAGCACUGCCCAACAUCCUUACUGCACUUCAGAUGGGGGUCUGUGUGGUGGAUUCUGCAGUAGCUGGCCUGGGAGGUUGCCCAUACGCUCAGGGUUCAUCUGGCAAUGUUUCAACAGAGGAUGUUCUCUACAUGCUCCAUGGCAUGGGCAUUGAAACUGGUGUGAACCUUGCCAAAGUUAUAGAGGCUGGUGACUUCAUCUGCAAUGCUUUACAUCGCGAGACAAACUCCAAGGUUGCCAAGGCAAGAGGCAGAACACUGUGAUGUGUUUCUGUGAGGGAAAAUAUAUAAAUAUUUGACUCUGCUCCCUUUAAAGUGCUUCCCCUUUUGUUGCUGCCUUCAGAUUUGUUGCCUAUGCUUUUGUAGUUGAUCCUCCUGUCAGAGGUGUCUCAUCCAAAUAAUCUAAAGAAAAAAAGGACAACAUUGUGUUUUGUGUUCCAGAAAUCAAGUUUUGAGUUUAGUUCCCUACCUUUCAGUUCAUUUCCACAUUUUGGAGUCUAUUACUAGAAGGAAGAAGGGUCAUUAUCAAAUCAAUUUAAUCAUCUAAUUUGUUUUGGUUGGCUUAUUUUUUGCUGUGCAUGGUGGGGCAUUACAAAAGGAGAGUAUUCAUUUGUGAGAAAUGUCAAGAUUGAUGAAUUGAUAAGUUAUGAAUACAUAAUGGACUUUUUAAAAGCUGAAUUAUUCACCUCUGUUUCAAAACUUUCUAGUAUUUAUUUGGCUCAGAAAAGUCACUUUGACUUUGUAGCUUAGUGGCCUUAUAAAUAAAUAAACAGAAUAAGAAUUGAGUCUGUUUUGACAACUUGCUGAACUUCAAAACACCACAGAUGUUUAACUUUAAUGAACAGAGAUGACAAACAGCGAAAGGAAAAAGCUCCUUCCUGCUUUUUAAAAAUGAAUCUCUUUAUGCACUUUACUCCUCCUUUUCCUACCCGAAUCAGAUCUUCUAUGAAUAGCAGCUGAAAACACAACUCCUCUCGAACUAACACAAAAAUAACAAGUUAAAAGCUGCCUCCGAAGGAUUUUUGCUCUCAGGUUUGCCAAAGAUCAUUUAAGAAGUGCUCCUUGAUCGUUUUUUUUUUCCAUUAAAAAAACUUUUACCAUGACAUAAGCUACGUGUCUGUGUGAGUGUCAAAUGUUUUCUCCUGCCUGUUUACA